GGUACCAAAGUUUCUCACUUAUAGUAACCUUGUGGAACAGUUAAAAAAGAUUGAUAUUGGAACUGUUCAUGAAAUUGACCUAGACUAUCUAGAGGGCUUAGAAACUGAAAACCCAGUGAAUGGUGCAUAUAGAGACUUAAGACAAUACCUUCCAAUGCUUGUCAAAUUUUAUCUCUCUAAGAAUAUAAAACAAAGCUUCAAAGACUUUACAGAAUCAACAGGCACUUUUCAAAUUGCUCUUGGUGGUGAUGGAUGCCCAUUUGGCAAGAAUGAGAGCGCAUGUUCUUUCUUGGUCAGCUUCCUCAAUGUUGGAAGAAGGGUGGCAUCAAGUUAUGAUAACUUUCUAAUUUUUGGUGCCAACUGUGAUGAAAGUUCUCCUGUUACAAAGAAAUAUGUGAGGUCAUUAUUACCACAAAUUGCAGAGUUAGAAAGAACCGAGUAUGAAUUUGAAGGCAUUAAAUUUAGGUUUAAGCUGGAGGAAUUGGCAAAUGACAUGAAGAUGCUUGCCAUGUUGGCAUGUGAAUUGACUAUUAGUGCUAAGUAUUUCUCGCCCUUUGCAAAUGUUUCAUUAGCUGAUUGUAGGGAUGUGAAGGGUACAUUUGGAACUGACAGGUCAAACAAGUGGAAGCCAUGGAAUUACCAGCAAAGAGUAAAUGUUGUCAACAAGGUUGAAGCAUCUAAAAAAAGAGUAGCUCUUGAAAAAAUUUCUGCGAAGACAAAGAGAUCUAAAAUCACAGAUUUCAUUGCCAAACAAAGUAGUAGACAAGAAUUUUUGCCUCUAUUAGGUUCUUAUAUUGACAAAGCUCAUGUGGAGCUCCUUCAUCUGAAGAACAAUGCUUGGCAGUAUUUUUUUAAAGCAGUUUUGAUAGAAGCUAUAAGAAAAUCUAAGCUGCCAGCUGAUUGUAAAAAGUUUUCAGAGGUCCCACCUGAUAGCCCUUUUGCAAGAGUAAUUACAGCUUUACAAACAGAAGUAGAGACCAGGCGCCUUGCAAACAAGACAAAACAAUGGUUCAAUGAAACUCAAGGGUCUGGAGCUGAUUUGCAUUACAGAUUUACUGGAAAAGAUUCCCGUUGUUUUUGUCAUAAUUUCAUGAGAUUUAUCACGUGGCUUAGCUGUGAAAGUGACUCCAGGAAAGAACAUCAAACAGUUCUUGCUUUAGCUUACUUAGGUGUGAGGCUGAGAGGCUGUGUUUCUCUCUUUAAUAGAUUGGAGAUAACAUCAGACCAGAUUGAUCAGCUUUCUAUUGCCUGCUAUGAGUAUUUUAAAGUAAAUUCAUUGUUCUUACCAAGGUCUGUAAAUCCUACUGUCUGGACAUUGGGUCACAUUGACCCCACUCAUUGUCGUGAAAUGCUUGAAAAGUAUGGGCAGGGGUUGGGAAUGGUAACAAUGGAAGCGCGAGAAGCAAAGCAUGUGUUUCUGAAAAAAUUAAGUGAAAUUAGAACAUAUCAAAAGAGAUGGGUUGAAAUAUUUAGACAUGAAUAUGUGAUGCUGAUUUGGCUGCCUCAGCAUGCUUUUCAGCAGCCAGAAUCUGCAUGCAAAAAUGUAGCCUACAUCCCAGAAAGGGUAUUCAGUGAUCCAUCUUAUUGUUAUUGUGGUCUGUUAAAAGCAUGUCCUGAGGAUGCUAGGUGCUGUUUUUGUGGGGACCCAAUCAUGAAAUUUAUAGAGCAUAGUGUUAAGGAUGGAAAGAUUGCUCCACAGCUUUUGUAAUUAAUGCUAAAUCUGUACAAAGUCUGACUCAAAAUCGCUGUUGACUUCAGAUUAUAUGAUAUAUUGUAUUGGU